GAGCAUCAGUCCUCCAGGCGCCAGAGCGGCGCCCGCCGGCCCUCUCACCGCUGCUCUCUAUGGUGUGGACGUAGUUCCGGGUGUGGGGCCGGUAAUGGCGGUGCCGGCGGUCGGGGAGGAGCCGUUCAGCCCCUCGGUGCUGGGCACCAGAGAGCACUGGGAUGCUGCCUAUGACAGAGAGCUGCAGACAUUUCAAGACAUCGGAGAUGCUGGGGAAGUUUGGUUUGGAGAGGAAAGCAUGACUCGCAUCAUCAGAUGGCUGGAAAAGCAAAAGGUCCCCCUUGACAGCCCUGUGCUUGACAUUGGAACUGGGAACGGUGUUUUACUGAUUGAAUUGGCAAAGAAUGGCUUCAUGAACCUCACAGGGAUUGAUUACUCUCCUUCUGCAAUACAGCUGUCAGAAAAAAUAAGAGAGAAGGAAGGGAUGUCCAGCAUUAAAUUAAAGGUAGAAGACUUCCUGGCUCCAUCAGCUGAGCUGUCAGGAUUUGAGAUCUGUAUUGACAAGGGGACUUUUGAUGCCAUAAGCCUCAAUCCUGAUAACGCGGAGGCAAAGAGGAAGCAGUACGUGAGAUCCCUCUGCAGUGUGUUGAAACCAGAGGGCUUCUUCCUCAUCACAUCUUGCAACUGGACCAAGGAGGAGCUGUUGACCGAGUUCAGAGAAGGAUUUGAGGUUCUGGAGGAGCUGCCAACACCCAAGUUUUGCUUUGGAGGAAGAAUUGGGAACAGUGUAACAGCAUUGGUUUUCCAAAGGAAAAAAGGGAGGCCAUCCAUCUUGGACAAAUGAGAUGAGAAAAGCCUGAACUUUAAACUGACAGAAAACCUCAGACGUGUAUGUAAAUAAAUGCUCUUUGAGUACACAGUAAAA